GUCUGCCUGAUCUUGUUUCAGUCUCUGACUCACGUGUUUGGGCCAUUGUCUGCCCUGCCCCAUUUGGAAUGAUUAUGGACUACGUGUUGCUGGAAAAACAACCUUAAAGGAAAUAGAAGUAUAACUGAGCACUGUGGAACCUGAAACUUUCAGCACGUGGGGUAAAGCUAGCUCUUCUCAGCAUGGACCAUGUCAAACAUACAGGUGGCUGCCACUGUGGGGCUGUUAGAUUUGAAGUCCUGACUUCCCCAGACCUCCAUGUUUUCCAUUGCAACUGUAGCAUCUGCACGAAGAAACAAAACCACCAUUUCAUUGUUCCAAAAAGUCACUUCACACUCUUAAAGGGGUUGGAUAAUCUUACCACGUACACGUUUAACACUCAUGUUGCUCAACACACCUUCUGUAAAACCUGUGGAGUUCAAAGUUUCUACACGCCACGCUCCAACCCUGAUGGAUAUGGCGUUGCGCCGCACUGUCUGGAUCCAGGUUCUGUGCACAGCGUCACAGUGGAGAAUUUUUGUGGGGAAAAGUGGGAGGAAAGCAUACAAGCUCACGGGAGCAUCAGAGACAUGUCUAAAUCUGCAUCAGACACAAAAUGACACAGCUGUGAUACAACAAUCAAACAUUUUUAAUCAGUGUUACACCAGAAUUCCUGUAAAGUACUUUACCCACGAAAAUGAAUUACGAAAUUAUACAAUGGAAAAAGCAGCUUUCAGAUGACACAAAAGCUAGUGUUCUUUUUUUUUAUUAACACAGUGUAAUGACUAAAAAAAACAUAGAAGGCCAAAAUCCAGGACAAGGAAAAACAUCAGCUUUAUUUAUGGAAAGCUUAUAAAGACAGUAUUCAGGCUAGUUAAGCCAGUAAACCAGAGGUGUCCAACUGGCUCGUGGCCUCAUCCUCCCGAGCACAACCACCAGUGAGUUGGCUGAAAUUAUCACAUUAUUAAAUGUAUUACAUUCAACAUUAAAUAACAUACAUA